AUCUACACCCGCGGCCGCGACCGCGACCGCGAGUGGAUCUGCAGGUCGCCCAUCGUUACAGAUUACGGCGGCAAGAAACGGAAAUACAAAGUCUCUAUUCUAUUCUAUUCUAUUCUAUUUGAGACAUUUUCAAAUAGCUUCCUUUAUUCUUUUGAGAACAGAUCCUUCCGACUUGAUCUCUGCUUAGAGCCGAUUGGUAAAGGAGACACUCGUUUCUUACCCUCUGUAACAUGCUUAAGGUCCCAGAUCAUCAGGUUGCUGGCCACCGGGCCGGUGAUGGAAAGCUUGGUCCUUUGAUAGAUGAUUCAGGGAAAUUCUACAAGCCUAUUCAAAGUGAUGGUCGUGGGUCCAAAGAAGUAGACUUCUAUACAUCAUUCUCUUCCAACACUAAUAUUCCAAAUCACAUCCGCAGAUUCUUUCCUAUUUUUCAUGGCACUAAGCUUAUAGAGGCAUCCGAUGGGUCUGGGCAGCAACUUCAUCUUGUGUUGCAAGAUAUCGUCUCUGGUCGCCUCAAUCCAUCUAUCAUGGACAUUAAGAUAGGAUCCAGAACAUGGUGCCCUCAAGCAUCAGAGGACUAUAUCCAAAGGUGCUUUAUGAAAGACAGAGAAACGUCGAGCCUUGCACUGGGGUUUAGGAUAUCUGGGUUGCAGAUUGAGAGCAAAGGAUCGGGGUUUUGGAAGCCUGAUAGGAAGCUUAUCCAAAAAUUUACUGCGGAGGAAGUUAGGUUAGUCCUGAGGCAGUUUGUUUCUUCCAACUCAUCUGCAGAUUCAGGUGUGCACCCUGAUUGUACAUUUGUAUCAACUGUUUAUGGUGGUUCUGGUGGAAUUUUGGCACAACUGCUGGAGCUCAAAGAAUGGUUUGAGCAUCAAACAAUUUUACAUUUCUAUUCUUGUUCAGUUCUUAUGGUGUAUGAGAAGGAAUCAGUAGUGAAAGAAAUGAGUUCCAGUGCUGAAGUUAAACUUGUUGAUUUUGCACAUAUUGUUGAAGGCAAUGGUGUUAUUGAUCAUAACUUCUUGGGUGGGCUCUGCUCUUUGAUAAAUUUUAUCUCAGAGAUUCUGACAUGCUCAGAUGUGCAUACGUCCAAAGCUUCUCUGCAAGACCCUAAGAACUACUGUUAUACCAAUUGUGACACUCAGAAUUGAACAGGAUGUCUUGAAUGUAGGCUUCCUCACCUCAUUGAUUGGCCUGUGGCUUACCCCUGGAUGUUGAAAUCUAAAGUACUGUUUAGGAUUGUAUUACUUUGUAUUUUAUUUUGAAUUAAAUUUUUAUUGACAUUGUUGAGGCCUUUUCAGCGUACGACUGCUCAAGAAGUUUCCUCAAUGCUAUUAUUGCCCUUGUGGAUUGGAAGAUUAUUUAUCUUGACACGCAUAACCAUUGAAUUUU